GUGGAGAAGAAGGGAAGGCGGGUUCUUGAGCAUGGGCAGAGUGCUGGGGAGGAGUGGCUACACUUUUGGGGUGGUGUCUGCACCAGACCAGCAUAAAAAAUAUGGAGCGGGAACUGUUGUGCCCUGUCUGCAAAGAGAUGUACAAGCAGCCUCUGGUUUUGCCAUGCAUGCACAACGUCUGCCACAUCUGUGCCACCGAAGUCCUGCUCCAGCAAGGUUACAUCUGCCCGGAUCCCACCUCGGAGCCCACCUCCCCAGCGUCCACGCCGGCCACCCGGAGUCCUCGGUUAGGGCGCCGGAUUGUGCCAAAACCCGAACGCCUGGACCGGCUUCUGAAAUCAGGUUUCGGCACGUAUCCCGGCCGGAAACGGGGUGGCGCUAUGCACCCCCAGAGCAUUCUCUUUCCGUGCCCGCUGUGCCAGCGCGAUGUGGACCUGGGCGAGCGAGGCUUAGGCAGCCUCUUCCGGAACCUGACGCUCGAACGGGUGGUGGAGCGUUACCGCCACACCAUCAACGUCAACGCGGCCAUCAUGUGCCAGUUCUGCAAGCCGCCGCAGCUGGAAGCCACCAAGGGCUGCACCGAGUGCCGAUCCAGCUUUUGCAACGAAUGUUUCAAACUUUACCACCCGUGGGGGACGCAGAAAGCCCAGCACGAACCGAUCCCUCCGACGCUCACUUUCCGUCCCAAAGGUCUGCUGUGUCCCGAACACCGCGAAGAAGUCACGCAUUACUGCAAAACUUGCCAGCGUUUGGUCUGUCAGUUAUGCCGAGUGCGUCGCACGCACACAAAUCACAAAAUCACUCCUGUGCUCAGUGCCUACCAGGCUCUCAAGGAAAAAUUGACGAAAAGCCUAGCUUAUAUCCUGAGCAAUCAAGACACAGUGCAGGCGCAAAUCAACGAAUUGGAAGAGACUCUUCGGCUGACGGAGGUGAAUGGCACCCAGGCCAAAGAAGAGAUCAUAAGGCUGAUGAACAAUUUAAGCAGCCUGCUGGAUGAGAAGCGGUCUGCCCUGCUUAACGCAAUCGAGGAUUGUCGCCAGGACCGGGUCAGCCGGCUACAAACCCAGUUACAGGAACAUCAAGCCAUGAUGGAGAAUUCUGGCAUGGUGGGUUACUCACAGGAGGUCUUGAAGGAAACGGAUCAGCCCUGCUUCGUCCAGGCCGCCAGACAGCUUCACCACAGGAUCCUCAGAGCGACGGAUUCCCUCCAGGCCUUCCGGCCAGCGGCCAGCGCCUCCUUCGGCCAAUUCCAGGUGGACAUCAGCCGGGAAGUGAAGCUCCUAACAGACCUCAUUUUUAUUAAAGGUGUGUAUAAAAUCGCAUCAUUUUUGAAUGAUGCUCGAGGCCUGUUUUGGGAAACGGGAAGGAUUUUAUUCCUUCCAGCGGCCACAAAAUGUUAAUUUUUUUCUCUCCCCAAAGUUAAAAUUAGCAGCCAAUUGGUGCCAUUUCUGACUGAAGUUCCUUAAAAUCUCCCCCCCACCCAUUUGUAUGGCCGCUAUGCUCUUUUUCAAGUCCUCGUUUAGCGACUGCCUCAUUUAGCGACCAUUUGCAGUCACGGCCCGUGACGAGAAAGUAACUUUCCUCGCAUCAGGUCUUGUAACGCAAAGCAAAAUGGCGAGGAAGAUAAUUCGCACGGUCGACAUUCUACUUUGUGGCUGCCUCGCUUAACGGCCCUGUUGUUGGUUCUCAUUGCGGUCGCUAAGCGAGGAUGACCUGUAAAUUGCAGGCAUGCGAAUUGCUACCAGUGUAGUUCUGGAGUUCUUUGCACUGGCUUGUAAGUACCUGUGUAGCUAAAUAGUCCCCAACCUUGGUGAUUUUAAGAUAUGCGGACUUCAACUCCCAGAAUUCCCCAGCCAGGCGUG